AUGUCAGCUCCAUUUCUCAAUAAGUACACUUUGAGAGAAGUUGCAGCAUCAGAUUCUAAAUCAUGUUAUGUUUGUUAUAAGCCAACAGUUAAAGUGUUAAUAUCUGAUAACAAGGUUGAUUUCUUUUAUAUAUGUUCCUCGCAUUUGAAGGAUACAUCAUUUGCUAAUGCGAUACAUCCCGAAGAAUAUGAGAACAUAGUAAAGGAGAAGGCAAAGUUGAUCAUCAAGGUUACAGAUUUAGAAUCUGAGAUAUCUAAAUUGGGAUACAAUUGGGAUUUUAUAAAUAAGAUUCCAGGAUUAGGGAGUAAGGAUAAAGAUAAAGUAGAAGUUAAAGAAUCAGAUAAAAAAGAUGCCAAGACAUUACAAUUGGAGUUGAGUAAGGCAAGGACCGAAGUCGAGGAGUUUACAGCUAAAUUGAAAGAUUUCCCAUUCAAAGAAUAUAACUUAGAUCAAAACAUAUAUAGAAACCGAUUAAGAGGUCAUAUACAAGUGAAAGCCAAUCAAAAACGCCAACAAGAGCUUCUGAAACCGGGGUUCUUUCCAUCUGCACCCAGCUCCCAAUUAUCAUGA